UUCGUCCCUGGAGGGUGUGUGUGUGUAUGUGUGCGAGUCUCUCCAAGCAACGACCUGCGAACGGGCAUCCGAGCCAGUCUGAGCAAAAAAACAGGAACCACAUUAAUUUCGAGUGUCUUUGCAAUGUUCCCGACGAUAUUUCUACAUUAUUUGCUUUGAUCUCGUCAAAGUUAUCGUCUCACCAGAAGUCGGCUUCAGAAACGAAACAAGAAAUUAAUGCAUCUCGCUCCGCUUUCCUGUUUGUUUUGACCUGUGUAGCUAGAAGGGAAUCCUGUUCGAGGGAUUAGCGGUCUGUCAAUGAGGAACUACCGGCUCAUCUUCUGCCACAACCUGAAGCAGCCAUAGAUGGUUCAGUGGUUUACUGGCCAGGGGAGGAGAGGAUAGAACACACUUUCACUGCUACACGACGUGAGGUCUUGGCGGGGUUGUGGUGAGGAGGAGGAGGAGCAGGCCAUGAGGAAGAGCGUGUCUCCGUUGCCAGGCAAUGAGGGCGGGAGCUCAGCCAGCACCACACGGGUUUUUGGUGUUCCUCUGGAGGAUGUGACACACACACACACAAUCAGCGGCCAUGAGGUUCCUGCACUAGUAAAAGAUAUUGUCGACUACAUUGAGGAGCACGGUCACCUGGACUUUGAGGGGCUCUUCCUGGUUAACGGCAAUGCAGAGCGAGUGGAUUGGUUGCGUCAGCGCUAUGACAGUGGUGAGGAGGUGAAGCUAGAGAAGGAGGCCGAUCUGGCGUCAGCCGUCAGUUUGCUCCGACUGUUCCUGCAGGAGCUUCCUGAGCCCGUUAUCCCGACGGCUAUACAGGGACGUAUACUACAGCUGUAUCAAGAUUACGACAACGAAGAAGAGCUGUGUAGAAAUUUGAAGUAUGUGCUUCAGGACCUUCCCCAGUUGAACUACGGUCUGUUGCGUUUCCUGUGCCGCUUCCUGGCUAGCGUGGCGUCACUUCAGCAAAAGAGCUGGGAUGUCGGAGCGCUGGCCGCCGUCUUUGGACCCGACAUCUUCCAUCUGUCAGCAGGAGGAGAGGACCUUCGGGACCAGGAGUCUGUCAGCAGAGUCCUGGCAGAGCUGCUGGACAAUCAGGAGGGCCUGUUUGACUCGGAGGACGAUGAUGUCUCCACCACCAAUGACUACAGCUCCAUCAAUGAGCAGAUCACAGAGCUGUUGGAUGAUGAGAAGUGUGAGGCAGAAUGUGAAGAGCUGCCUCAGGACGGGGAGGACGGUCCUGCCUCCGACUCACCGCAACGCACACGCACUGAUGACAACCCCACAGUCAGCUCCCACCUCUCCCCUAUAUCCAUCCUGCCUGCUGACUCUGCUGAUAUUAUUCAGCGGACCAUCAGGGCUGCAGUGGAGCAGCACUUCUUUGAUCUGAAAAACUCCAUCGACCAAGACCUCGGCAGCUACGACAGCCAGGGGGAGAGUCCCAGUGAGCCUGCAGACCAGGGCUGUGAUGGAGACGGGGAGCAACAAACUGACCCUGAAGACAGUGCCUGCGACACAGAAGGGGGUGCCCCACUCACACAGCCUGAGCAGCACAUCCAACAAAAUCAGCGAGAAGCGCAGAAUUCACUGGACUCUGUCCCCACCCUGGAGGAGAGCUCAGGAAUGGACCUGGAUGCAGAGUCUGUCACCGAUGCAAAGAACAACUUAAACACUGCCAGGCAGGACAAUCAGCCUCUUGUGACGAUGGAGCACACUGUCACCAUAAGCUGUGACUCCAGUUCAUGUUGCUGUGAUCACAACGCCAACACCAGCGAGCCCAACAGGAAUCACCUGUCACCAUGCCAACCAGACUCCUCCCACCUCCAGCUUUUUCCCAACAACCAAUGGGAAGCGUCACCCCCCUCCCAUCUCCACCUCCCUCCCAUCGACUUCUCAUUGAUGCAUCUGCAAAAGGAAGGCCAAGACCCCGUCCCAGCUUUUAAAUCCUGGCAGGAUGACAACGAGAGCGGAGAGGCACAGCUCUCCCCGCUGGCCGGUCGCAUGGUUCCUCUCCCUCCGCUCCCCCUGGAGGAGGGUGGUGAAGAGGAACAGGGAGAGGGAGGGCAGGAUGACUCCCCUUCCUCUUCCCGCUCCCACCCUCACCUGCUGGCACGGCGCUUUCUUGAUUUUGGUGUGCACGGUGCCCAGAGAUUCCUCCAGCAGGAUCUGGACGCCACUUCACCCACCAAAGUACAUAGGCCCAGGCGAGCAUCGUUUGGUUCCAAAGAGGCGAUGAGAGGAGGAGAUUCGGUGAUGCACCAGCUCACCAAAAAGCUUCAGCAUCUGAAGAAGAAAAUCAAACAGUUUGAAGAGCAGUUUGAGAAGGAGAGAAACUACAAGCCUUCUCAUGCAGACAAGGCAGCUAACCCCAAGGUCCUCAAAUGGAUGACUGACUUGACCAAGAUCCGCAGGCAGAUUAAAGGACGCCAGCACCACCUUUUGCCCAGAAGCACGUUGAGGCACCAGGCUUUGAUCCAUUCACACAGAUGCCACCAUGCUCCCUCCUCCCCUUCCUCCUCCUCCUCCUCCUCUAUCUGCUCACCUCCCCAUCACAUACUCACCCCCCCGCUCCACCCCUACUCAGGCCUACUCAGCUCUAGACCGUUUCACCUCAAUGCCAAACACCGAGCAGAGACCGAGCUCGGCCCUCAGACUCGGCCCCGCAGCAACACCUUGCCCAAGAGCUUUGGAUCCACACUGGAUCACAGUGCUCACGACGCAGCAGGGGAGCUCAAAGGCCCGCGGCCUACAAGGGAGGAAACACUGGAGCUGAUCCAAUGCAGAGUCAAAGAGAAGAGGGAGGAGGACGGCUGGCCUGAUGAUAUCAAGAAGAUGACAAAAGAGCAAUUAACCUGUGAGAAGACUGUCCUGCAGAAGAAUCUGCUGCACUACGAAGGGCUGCACGGUCGACCGGUGACCAGAGAGGAGCGGCUGGUAGUGAAACCUCUGUACGACCGUUACAGGCUGGUCAAACAGAUGCUCACCAGAGUCAGCAUUACACCUGUUGCAGUAUCUCCAUCUAGUAAGAGGCGGAGUAAAACCCUGCAGCCAAUCAUUGAGGGUGAAACUGCUCACUUUUGGGAGGAAAUUAAAGAGGAAGAGGAGGAGGAGCAAGAGCAGAAAAGUGGAGGAGAAGAGGAGAGGGAUGAGGAGGAAGACGAAGAGGAGGAGGAGGAGGAAGAGGGAGAGAGCAGCGGUGGUGAGAUGCAGAGCCCCGAGGUUAUCAUGGCCAUCGACCCGAUGACCUCGAGUGACGGGCCCGUGAGCAGCCAGAACCAGUCUGACCGACAGAGCGACUGUUCGAUGAGAGAAAAGAUGGAGGAGGGAUCGGGGAGGCUGGCGCUCGACCUGCGUCUGUCCAGCUCGAACGCCUCAUCCAUGCCAGAGCUGCUGGAACAGCUGUGGAAGGCCAGAGCAGAGAAGAAGAAACUGAGGAAGACCAUCAGAGAGUUCGAAGAAGAUUUCUAUCAGCAUAAUGGAAGAAACGUUCAGAAGGAGGACCGGGUGCCGAUGCUGGAGGCGUACAGAGAGUACAAGAGGAUCAAGGCCAAACUCCGCCUGCUGGAGGUCCUCAUCAGCAAGCAAGAUUCCUCCAAAUCCAUCUAGACCCCUUCCUCAAAUAUCCGCUAUCCCCGCACACAUCAGCUGUCAUCACUGCAGCAACGCUACGCCCAGGACGUCUAGCCUGUCAUCACGCCUGGAGAGUUUAACAAAGACUGCAGCCAAUCAAACACACAACAAAUGACCUCCUGUUCCCUGCAGCCACAUCACGGGGAAAUUAAGUCAGCUCUGACUGCUUUUAUUAAAAAGUUUAAAAAAAAUAAAAUGAAAGUGCCACGAAAUCGUAAAUAUGGUGUAGCUAAGCUACAAAUAGCCUCACAAAAAUUAAAAUGGUACGGAAACACCCGAAAUAUUCAAAAAGCAGAGGUCACAACGAGAAACACAUAACCGACUCUGCCACAUAUCAAACAGAAGAAUAUUUUAGGGCGGCUUCAAGUGUCAUUUCCUUAAAUUAAAAAAUGGAACGACAUCUCAAAUGUUUUUUAAACGUGUUAGUGAUCCAAUCUGCCAAAUGCCUGCAAGUGUGUGAGGACGAACACUGGAAAAGUAAAGCCGUCAUUUAAUGUGUGGCCAAACCGAGGUGCUUUGCCAAAUAUCUGAAACCUACGUUUUAGUCGAGCAUUUUAAAGUUAAAUGUGCGUUAUUACAACUUUUUCCCCCUGAUGUGAAUGCAGCACGGCCGCUGGUCAAACUUAAAGCAACUUCCAUCAUCCACAUUGAUCCCCGCUGCCUCAGUCUGCAUAUCAUCUGAAAUCAGCAGUUUAAAAAAAAGACAAAGAGAAACUAAUCACUGUGUGUAUCAUCAUCAUCAUCAUCAUCAUCUCACCAGUUUGACUCACGACUCUGCACUCGUCUCUCACCUCCUGGUUUUCUGACCAGGAAGAAAAAGGCAGAAGCAUUUUGACUUUUUGAUUUCAAGAACAUCACUGUUGUCGAUCUUUGUGUUUCUGAGGAAUCUCAUCGGACAGCUCGAGGACUGGCAUUUUAGACUCUUCACUCAACACUUCGGAUUCAUCUGGAACGUCUCGCACUGCGCUUCAACCUCUUUCACUUGUUGCAAAGCGAUUUUAAUAAUAAUCUAACAUCCUUACAUCCUGGAUGCCUCACCUUCUGACUGAUUUUAAAUAUUCAUCCACAAGAUUUCAAAACCACUUUGUUUUAAAAAGAUGUACACGUGCAAUUAGUUACACCGUACAAGAUUUAUUGCAACAAAAGUAUUAAUUCUUUUCGUUAUUUUCUAUUCUUAGGCGUUUUCUUCUACUUUUUGUUUGCAUUUCAAAAAACAGUGAUGUGGGAGCAUCUUGCAAAAAGAAAAAAAGAAAUGCUGCUUUAAGUCUUUCGACGAGGCCUAUUUAAACAGAAGAUGCUCACAGGAAACAGUUGUUCUCAGCUUAAUCAGCGAUGCAAAGGACGGCUGCAGAACUCUGGGACUUUGCUCCUUGUGUUUCAUCUGUCUCCUGUUCAGUUUGCCACAUUGUAGUUCCUGAGGAAUUAUGGGUGAUAAAUAGGUCUGUGUUGUUUUUCAUCUGAGAAUCCAAAAGCAUGUUGGCAGCGGGCAUUAGUAGUCAUGUGACUAAUCUGGAGGUUUUAAUUGAAAUUUGAUUGAAGCUGAGCAGAUCAUUUGUAUGUUAGCAUGAUGUCCUCAAUACUGAGAGAGCUGAGGUUGUUUUUAACGAGUGAACGGUGUUUAGGUGUGCCUCUGACCUCCGGUCUGCAGUUUGAUUUCCUGCUGGCAGGUCAAAGUAGGGCAGGUAAGGGGAGCAAAGUCUGAUUUGAGCUCUUCUUAGUAAGAGUUGAGGCGUCACAACGUGCUUUAAAAUGUGGGACAAAAGUUCCCGACAGUCACUGAAUUUUGGUUUUAAGCUGCGAGCUCGUCAGUCGGCCGUUUGUCGUUUUUCUUCGAUCUGCACUUGCAUGUUUUAGGCGCACGGGACAAAGCUGACGUACGAUUCUCUGCCUGGUUCAGAGUUGGCUGCAGGCUGUCUGUCGGUGAGCAUUCAAAGCUAUGAAUGAGGUGAACCUUUUGUGUUGUGUGAAGAUUAUUAGGAGCGUGAGAAGUUGGGACGGUUGAAGUUAAAAAGUUUGAUGUAAAAAGAUGUUAUUUGCACAGCAUUCACAGAAUGCAGCCCUUUUGUGUUUUAUAAUUUUUUUUCCAUUUGUAUUUCUAGAAAUGAAGCACUACUUCUAUACAGAAAUUAUACUGUACAUUUAAAAAAAAAAAAGAAAUACCCGAAGGAAUGAAUGUCAAAAGAAAUGUUUAAAUUAUUUCAAACAUUAAGUUUGGCCCCCUUUGGUUUAUUAUUAUUUGUGAUGCCCUGAGAAUGUGUUUUUUAUUAUUAUUAUUAAUAUUAUGAAUACUGCUUGUAGUAUCAUAACCAUUAUUUUGUGUGGUAACGACAAUAAUAAUCCUUUUGUAUGUACUCACUAACUGUAAAACCAGCUGUAGACGUUAGUCUGGCACUGUGUGGCGAGACGUACAUGAACCUGCUCUGUUUUCUGAAUUACUUUGUUGCUCUGUGUAAUAUAAGCUAAUAUAGAAGCUGUACUGUAGUGAGCUUGCAUGGCAAACAAGAACAUAAUCAUAUGAAAAGAAAAAAAUGUUUCCAUUAUUUGUGCCAUGAAGAAGCAGCAAUAAUAUGUUUGUGUUCUCUUUAACACAAAAGCGUUGUGGGUUUGAUCCCGUGUGAACACGAUGUUUUCGGGGUUGGACGGUGUGUUUUUUACCUCUGCGUCACGUCGGCACUGAAAUCCAACGUAUCAAUAAGUCUGUGAAACUAGCAGGGAUUGAAAAGCCAAUGACAGAUGUAUCAUCUGAAAACAUUCCAGUUUUUAUCGUCAUCAAAAAAGUGAAGAAAAACGAUCCACCGUCAAUAUCUGAAGGGCUUUUAUUUCUGUCGACUUGUUUUUCAUUGUGCCUGUAGCAGAGUGGUAAAAUUCACAAAUGUAAAUGUAUUCUGUCGGUGUACAGUAUGCUUCAUCUCACACUUACCCAUCUGACGUGCAUGGUUGUUUUACACACCGGGAAUUCAGAGCAAAACUCCUCUUCAAAGACGUCUCCUCGGUCCUCCUGGAGAUACUUUAGAGAUUAGACACAUUUUUACUAACUGAUUAUUUAAAGUGAUUUAAAUAAAAGUUGUCCAGAAGUUAGUUUAAAAGACAAAUUAUAUCUUUUUCCUUUAACUACAAACAGUCUGAAGUCAAGAGGAAAACCUCAGGACAUCCUUGAGAUGGGAUUUUGCUAUAAAUUCCUUCAGUCGAGAUUUCAGGAGGGACGUGGCAUCAGACGCUCCCUCCCAGUUCCUCCAGUCGACCUACACGUGACGCGUUUUAACACAUUAAUAUAUCGUAUGUAUCUGUAACUGUUUUCUUACUUUGUGAAUGCUUUUUCAGUUGUUCCUUCAUUGACAAAAAUGAGAAAAUACAAUCAGUAACGAACAUUUACACACGAAAAUAAAAUUUACAAGCUUGCCACACCA